AUGAAGAUGAUUUCUUUGGUCUUCUAUUCCCUGACCUUGAUCCUCGGCAUUCCUGGAAAUGCAUUUGUCAUGUAUGUUGCUGGAUUGAAGAUGAAGAGGACCGUUAAUACGGUUGGGUUUCUCAAUCUAGCAAUUGCCGACCUCUUGUGUUGCCUCUCCACUCUUUACUAUGUUGCAGAAAACUCUCUCGAAGAAAACUGGCCAUAUGAAUCUGUCUUCAUAUGCAAGAUUCUCCCCUUUGUUAUGUUCAUCACCAUGUUUGCCAGUGUUUUCACCUUGAGCUUGAUUAGUCUGGAUCGCUUUACGCAGGUGAUCACACCGGUUUGGGCUCAAAAUCAUCGCAGCCUAUUAAUUGCACGACUGUCCUGUGUAGUGGCCUGGGUUCUGGCAGUAAUUCUUAGUCUGCCUUUCAUGAUGUUAAGAGGGAAUUCCACAGAUGGUAAAAAGCAAUGCCUGCUUUAUAAAUCUGAUAAAGAGCAAAUGUAUAGAAACUUAAGCGUCAUCAGAUUUGUGUUUGGCUUUUUGGUUCCUCUCAUAUGCAUCACAACAUGCUAUGGAUUCAUCGCACACAAGUUAGGCAGGAGUCAUUUUCACUCUGGACGAGCGUUUCGCAUCAUGUUGGCUGUAAUCGUGGCCUUUUUUCUGUGCUGGUUGCCGUAUCACACAGUGCAGUUGUUAAUCAUGUACGGUGAGAGAUCAAGUGUCUUGGCAGCUUUAGCAGUGGAUCCGUUAACCAUCUCUUUGGCGCAUUUCAACAGCUGUCUGAACCCCACUUUGUAUGUUUUCAUAGGGCAGGAUUUUAAAAGCAAUGUUAAACUUUCUCUAAGACGUGUUUUUGAAAGAGCUUUCUCUGAGGAGGGAGCACAAGCGUCAUGAUCCACACAGUCAUAACAAAUGCAGUCAGUGUAG